AUGAGGAAUCUCAUGUCUAUCAGCAUCAGACUUCUCUGUGGCCGUCCCUGGUCAGGAGUGAUCACAAAGAGAGGGACAGAAGGAGGAAAUGCUAGCAUUCAGUGUCCUUAUGCACGGGGGUUUGAGACAUACCAGAAGUACCUCUCAAAAGGGAUCUGGGCCUACCGGGUUGAUGUCAUCAAAACCCAAACGCAUCAACACCCAACGUGGACUCAUAAAGGGAGAUACUCUCUGAAUGACGACACAGAGAGAAGAGUCUUCACUGUCACCAUCACUAACCUGACCCUAGAGGACUCAGGGACCUACUGGUGUGAAAUAAACACAUGGUGGUGGUAUCACAAGACUGAAGUCAGGUUAACUGUGGAGAGAGCUCCUUCUCCUCCCAUCCCUGGCUCCAUCACCUCCAGACCUCUCCUCUCCACGACACACCCAUCAACAAACAUCACCAUGGCAACUGACUCCUCAAACUCCACUGCAGGUGAUGUGAUGUUCUCUGGUGUUGGUCUGGGUGUUGUUCUACUACUGCUGGGUCUGCUGCUGUUCAUGUUCUUUAGACAGAGGAGAGACAGAGACAGGAGACCAACAGCAUCUAAACACUCCAACCAGGAUCAAGACACAGGAACCAUCGCUAACCCCAUCUACUUCACAGCAACCAAUCAGAACCCAGAUACAGCCUGUGAUAUCACCACCAUCUAUGCCACAGCAACCAAUAAGAAUCCAGAUACAGCCCGUGACUUCACCACCAUCGACGCCACGGCAACCAAUCCUUGUGCAGAUGACAUCUACUCCAACGUUGGUCCGUCUACAAAGGUUCCAGACAGUGUGACCUAUGCUACUGUCAACUUCCCCAGAGAUCCAGACUGUCUCCACUAUGCUACUGUCAACUUCCCCACAGAUCCAGCCGGUCUCCACUUUGCUACUGUCAACUUCCCCAGAGAUCCAGCCUGUCUCCACUAUGCUACUGUCAACUUCUCCAGAGAUCCAGCCUGUCUCCACUAUGCUACUGUCAACUUCCCCAGAGAUCCAGCCUGAUUCCACUAUAAUA